AUGAGUACAAAGGCUGGUGUACCCCUCAGGACUGAGGGACAGACUACAACUGAGUCAGGAUUUGGAGACAUCAGAAUCCACUCAGGCGUCCUCAAACUGGACAAGCUGAAGAAAGAGGAACUAAGUGGGGGCGCGGGACUUUCAGAGGCUCGAGGGGCCAGGGAUAUGUUGGCCCGAGUCCGGCACGUCCAGGCUCCGGCGGCAGCUCGCGAGGGCUCCUCCAGCCAACCGCGCACCUCCUCCCCGCCCCGGAGGAGCGGCGCGCUCACUCCGACCGCGGCGGCGCCGGCGGCACCCCCUGUCAAAGAGAAAAGGAAACCAUCAGAGGGGGAUGACCCCCAGGACCUGUCUGUGUCCCCUAAACCCGAUGGUGAGCAGAGUAGGAGCCAGAGCCCCAUCCAGCUGGAGGACUCCCCCGAGGCAGGCGGGGAGCGGGAGGAAGAGCAGGAACGGGAGGAGGAGCAGGCCUUCCUGGUCAGCCUCUACAAGUUCAUGAAGGAGCGACACACGCCCAUCGAGAGGGUGCCCCAUCUUGGCUUCAAGCAGAUUAACCUGUGGAAGAUCUAUAAGGCCGUGGAGAAACUGGGGGCCUAUGAGCUGGUGACUGGCCGACGCCUCUGGAAGAAUGUGUAUGACGAGUUGGGGGGCAGCCCGGGCAGCACCAGUGCAGCCACGUGCACACGCCGCCACUAUGAGAGGCUGGUUCUCCCAUACGUACGGCACCUGAAGGGAGAGGAUGACAAGCCACUGCCCCCCUCCAAGCCCAGGAAGCAGUACAAGAUGCCCAAGGAGCCACGGGUAGAUGACGGGGCCACAGAGAAGCUGAAGAAGGCCAAAGAGGAGAGGCAGGUAGACCAGAUGAUGCCUGGAAAGACCAAGACAGAUACUGCCGACCUAGCUCAGCUCCCCAGCCAGGAGCCCCCCAGGGACAGUGCUGAACAGCCAGGCCCAGCCCCUGCGCCCACUCUGCCUAUCGUUGGGGCCAGCUGUUGCCCUGAGGCUUACAAGCGACUUCUGUCCAGCUUCUACUGCAAAGGGACACAUGGUAUCAUGUCACCACUGGCCAAGAAGAAGCUCCUGGCCCAGGUGAGCAAGGCAGAGGCCUUGCAGUGCCAGGAGGAGGGCUGUCGCCAUGGGGCGGGUGGCCCUGACAGGGAGCCCCACGGGUCCCCAGCUGCUUGCCCCCCAGAGAGUCCUCGGAGCCCAGGAGGGCCGACUGAGAACUCCAGGCACAGACUGACUCCUCAGGAGGGAUUGCAGGCCCCUGGGGGAAGCCUCAGGGAAGAGGCUCAGGGAGGCCCCAUCUUCACGGGCUAUUUCCAUGCCUACCCUACUGAGGUGUUGAAGCCUAUCAGCCAGCACCCCCGGGACUUCUUGCCCAGCCUUAAAGAUGGGAUGCUGCUGGGGCCAUCUGGCAAAGAGGCUGGGCUGCCAGCCAAAGAGCCCCAGCUGGUGUGGGGUGGCGAUGUCAACCGUCCCUCUGCAUUCCACAAAGGUGGCUUCAGAAAGGGCAGCCCCUACCCCAAGCCCAAAGCCUGUUGGGUGUCGCCCAUGGCCAAGGUCCCUGCCAAGAGCCCAGUGCCCCCACCUGCCUUCCCCAGCAGCCCAGGCCUCGGCAGCAAGCGCAGCCUGGAAGAAGAAGGCUUUGCCCAUGGUGGCAAAAAACUGCGGGCAGUGUCUCCCUUUCUCAAGGAGGUGGAUGCAAAGGAGUGUGGGGCCAAACCCACAGGGCCAGGCUUGGCUGUCUCCUGCCUGCUGGACCCAGCCUUGAGGCCUGCCCCCCAGGAGGCCUACAGGGGCACCAUGCUGCGCUAUCCACUGAACUUUAACACCUCAGAUCCCUUAAAAGGCCAGGGCACUCUUCCCUUCAGCCCUCUGGUCAUCCCAGCCUUCCCGGCCCACUUCCUGGCCACUACAGCUCCCUCACCCAUGGCUGCUGGCCUGAUGCACUUCCCCGCUGCAUCCUUCGACAGUGCCCUCCGCCACAGACUCUGCCCAGCCUCAUCUGCAUGGCACAUGCCACCUGCCACAACCUAUGCAGCGCCCCACUUUUUCCACCUCAACACCAAGCUGUAG